AUGGCAGGCGUCAGACUCCAAUACCGUCGUCGAAACCCUUACAACACCAGCUCCAACAAUACCCGGGUGAUCAAGACUCCCGGCGGCAAGCUCAGACUCCUACAUAUCAAGAAGCGAGGCACUGCCCCCAAAUGCGGUGACUGCGGUGUGAAACUCCCAGGUGUUCCCGCCCUUCGACCUAGACAAUACGCGACGACCAGCCGGCCACAGAAGACCGUGCAACGCGCAUACGGUGGUUCGAGAUGCGGCAACUGCGUGCGGGAUCGGAUCGUUCGUGCAUUCCUGAUUGAGGAGCAGAAGAUUGUGAAGAAGGUGCUCAAGGAGACUGAGGAUAAGAAGAGGGGAAAGAAAUGA